GGUUGUAUGGGUGGACGACGACGACGACGGCUCCUGUAGCGACCGCAGCGCACACGACACCUGACUUGGCUCUCUUCGUCACAUCGGAAAGUUCAACCAGUAUUAUUGAACCCGUCUAACGAGUGAGACAUACACACCGAGUCCUCCGCUCUCAUCGGUUUCUUGUGCUUUUUGUAGUGUGUAGAGGCCACUGCGAACCUGAUUCCUAAUCUUGAACACGGCAACACCUGAGGGGACGUCUGCUCUGCGAGGUGGAGACCCCUAAAUCGAACCAAUAUAUAAUAUCAUCUUCGCCUUCGCGCCGAUCGCCACCAGGAACCUCUCCCUCUCGCGUGCUGCUGCUGUCGCGUCACAGUCCUCUUCUGGUGUCGUAUCGGUGAUCCCGCUCGGUAGCAGCGCAAGAUCGUCGAGGAUCCUCAGUAGUCUACGACAAGUCGCGAGCGAGCAAACGAGUAGUGUAGUGCGCGCGGGGUUAGCAGCUAGAUGCUCCGGGCCUCCCAAGAUUAUACCAUAGCCGAUAGUUCAACACGUGCGGCGCGACGUUACCGCAGCAGCUAUCCAAGGCCUACCCCCGAAAAGUGGCCUUAGCUCCUCUCCAGUGUACACACGGAGAGCGCCGCGGACGGAGUUUUUCUGGACUUUGGUGGUGCGCGACACAAACAAACGCGAUUACUACGGGAGGGAACACAAACAAAAUCCCAGUGACAAAAAUGCAAUAAUUUGAUCGAUCGUAUCUCGGAAAAGUGUCGCAUUCGCGGGUACUCUUCAGUGAUUGUGCACGAUAAAGGAAAAUCAGUGAAAAGUUCUUGAGCUGAGAAGAACCCAGAUAAAAAAAAAACAAAAAUACAGUGAACACCUAAAAAUUCUAAGAAGCAAUCGAAAGUGAUCUGAAGUGGAAAAUAUACGAAAAAAAUAUCAAAGAAGAUCUGAUUGUGAGAGAUCUUGUGGAUAUAACGACAACAACAACAACAACACAUACACCUGUGGUGCCAAACCAAAUAAAGUAAAGUGUCGUCCCGAAAUAGAAGAAAAAAUCCAAUAAUUCGGGCAGAGCUCACGACACGAAAAAUAUUCAAAGUGCUAGUUUUGCCGAGAGGAAGCAGACGAAAAAUAAAAAAAAGAGUUGAAGCAAAAUAAGUUUUUGGUGUGAAUGUUGCCGGACCACGAACAACAACAGCAACAGAAAUAAAAGCGGGGCCAACAAACAAACGACAACGUUUUGGGGGUGAUUUGACGAGUGAGGUGUGUUUUUUGGUGCGAUAUCCGGAACGAGAUACAGAUUCCUGCCGAUCGCGAUCAUCUCAACAAGAGCGAUUACAGUUCGCCGCACAUAAAAAAAAAACAACAAAAUCAACACAACAUGACACCCAUCAUCAGUCAGCUGUUGCACGGCUAGACCGCUAGCCCUUUCUCAGCAUCGGAACACCCCUCGGCCAUCCCAGUGGAAACCGAAAAUCCCUAAUCGUGAACCGAGAACCCUCGAACAAACAAUCGCGCCCAAAUGGUUAUGUCGCCAAGUAGACGACUAUCAUCGCCAGGAAUCGCCACGCAUCCGAUGAAUAUGCAUUUGAGCUCGCUGCAACACUCCCAGCUGCAAUUGUCCUCUCAAAUGCAUCAGAAGUUGGCCGCAGGAUUAACCCCGAAUCAUAUGAGUGGAUUCUUCAAAAGCCCAUCCACUUCACCCAGCAGCGCCAAUGCUAAUAUGAACAUCACCAGUUCCAACAACAACAACAAUAACAACAACCACCACCACAGCAACAGCAAAUCUCAAAGCAACGGCAACAACAGCAGCGGUGGAAGCAACAACAGCACACCCACCAAUAUGCCGUCGGCAACCGAAUUAUCGUCGCACCCCUUGAACCGCUUGCAGUCGAUGCAGCCGUUCGACUUUCGCAAACUGAGCGCAGCAGCCGCUGGUUUGAGCGCCUUCACAGCUGGCUUACCACCUCCAAGGCUCAGUCCCGAAGCAGCCGCCGCCCAGCAUCACUUCAAUCAGCAGCAAGCUGCGGCCGCUGCUGCAUACUCUCAUGCUACCGCCAAGCGUCGUGAUUCGCAAGCUUCCGAUUCGUCGCCAAGCUCACGCGACCACGCUGCGGCAGCUGCCAACUUCAUGAAUCUCACUAUGGGCGGCCAUGGACUACCGUUCCCAAUCCCUCCACCACCGCCACCGACUUCGGUCGCCAUGUCCCUUGCCAACUCGCUGAACCACUCGGCAGCCGCAAUGGCAGCAGCUGUUUCCGGCAACCCUCUAGCCGCCAGCUUCGUUGCUCAAUCCUUCCCCAAUCUGUUGGCCGCAUCGGCAGCUCGCGAACAAGCACGCAGCAAGUCGCCCCACAAAAUUCAGCUCAAGUCGGACAAACCUUCCGACAAAUCAGACAACGAAAAGAACCAUCAUCACGGCAGCGGUGAAAACGUCCUGAACCUCAGCCGAGAUCUUGCCGCACAACACCUUGCCCGGCAAGCUCUACCCGGUCACGUUAGCCGACUAGCCGCAGGACUUCCCCCAGGUGCUCACCUAAAGAAGCCUCAAUCCCCAAGCAAGCGCCAAUGGGGCGCUCUACCACCCAAUCUGGGAACGCAGUUCGUCAACCCAGCCACCGGAAAGAAACGAGUUCAGUGCAAUGUUUGCUUUAAGACCUUUUGUGAUAAGGGCGCCCUGAAGAUCCACUUCUCGGCUGUUCACCUACGCGAGAUGCACAAGUGCACCGUCGAAGGCUGCAGCAUGAUGUUCAGUUCUCGACGAUCGCGCAAUCGUCAUAGCGCCAAUCCAAACCCCAAACUGCACUCGCCUCAUCUCCGACGGAAGAUCUCCCCUCAUGAUGGACGCAGCGCUCAGCCUCAUCCAAUACUGCUACCCUCCGCUGGAAUGCCACUACCAAAUGGUCUGAACCACCUCCAUCCCUUCGCUCCGUUCCCACUGAUGCCACCAGGAGAUAUGCGCCACCCAUCGCUAUCGGCCCUAGAGUUCAAAGCCAACAUGGAAGCUAGCAUGCAUCGGCGGCUGCAGGAGCAAGAAAAGCAUCGCGAAAACCAACGACAGUCGCUCAGCCCGGAGAACUACCGCUAUCGCAGCCCUCUGGGCGGUGACUCCGACAAGUAUCUCUCCCCAGGUGGACAUCAUCUUAGUGUCGGCGGUGGCUCAUCAAUCGGAAGCCACCUCGAUGAUGACGACGAUGACGAUGAUGAUGAUCCGAAUGGAAUCGUCAUUGACGGAAACGACGACGAUGAUGAUGUCGAACAUGGCUUUGACAUGUCGCUUAGCUCCGAAUCGGAAGAUAUCAAGUCGUACCGUCACUCGAGAACUCCUGAUGCGGAUUACGAUAACGAACGGCUAAGUCAUCACAUUGAUCGCGAAGAGGAGCGUCGGCGAUCGAUUGAAGGCGGUGAGGAUAAUGAGCCACAGGACUUCAGCUUGACCAAGCUGAAGUCGGAGAAGUUGUCGGUGUCGAGCGAUGGAGACGACGUAGCGAGCAACGUGGACAGCAAUGAAGACUCGUCAGUGAACGACUCGCAGGUGGCAAUGCUGUCGAUCAACAAGCGCAAGCGGAAGAGUAUGAAUCCUACGAAGUGUGCAAUUCCUUCGGAACGCAUGACUGCCGAAUCAGGCAACAUGUCGGACGAGAACGAUGACAAAGAGGGCGACGAUGAAGAUCAAGCCGAGCCAUUGAUCAAGAAGAUCAAGAUUGAGCAAGAGCAGCAAGAGGAAGCAAUGUCGUUGGUGAACGAUAAGAGAAGAAGUUCGGUAUCUCCAAAGCCCAAUGGAGAGAGCAAUCACCACGCCGAUAGUGAUCGCGAAGAAGAAACACCAGUGAAAAUCAAAUCAGAGCCAAGUGAGCAGCAGGAUGAAGCAGAAAACCUGUCGCUGGAUCUGUCGAAGAAGCGCUCGACGCCGGACGUCAAUGCCAAUGAAAAAUUUACCAAAUACUCGAUAGAUGUGAAACCCGCUUCGGAGCUGAUGGAGAACCCCAUGUCUUUGGUGCGUUCAAAGAAAGAAAACGAGGCUGACCAAGAAGCGGAAGAUUUGCGCCGACCGGGCUCCGCAGAUAGCAAAAAGAGUGGCGGAAGUCUCGAUUCUGCCAGCACGCUGCGGCGGUUGGAAAACUUGUCGCACGGUCCGCUGAAUGAGAUGAUGAUGCAGCGAGGUGGACUUCCGCAGUUCCCUCCACUAAGUUAUCUGAUGAACGCUGCACCACCAAGCCCAGCACGAUCCAGGAGUUCAUCACCCAAUCCUGCCGGAAGUCCACAACAUCAGCAGGACUUGGACUCUGAUGACAACGUAGACUACUGUGAAGAGGGUAACUGCUUCAACGAUCCCAAUGUACCUCUCGACAAAGACCCAAAGAAGUGUUCCGCCUGUGGCCGAAUGUUCCAAAACCAUUUUGCCGUGAAGGCUCACUAUCAGAGCGUGCAUCUUAAACUGCUGCACAAGUGCAAUAUCGAUGGCUGUAAUGCGGCUUUUCCAUCGAAACGUAGCCGUGAUCGUCAUGCUUCCAACCUGAACCUUCACCGGAAGCUGCUGUCAACAAGCUCCGAUAGCAGCGAAACUGUUCUUCCGAUGGAGAAACAGUUCCCCUCAUUCCCUGGUCCGCUGCCAACGGAAUUCCUUGCCAGGCUGUAUGCUGAUUCACAAAAGUUCCCCAUGAACCUGGAAGCCUUCAAGAACCACCUUCCCAAUGCUGGAGCCUACGCAGAGCACUUCCUGAACGGCGCUGGCCAACGAUUCCCUCCAGCCGCUGCCAACCCGUUCCUGUUUCCACCCCUUGGCGGAUUGGGCGGCUUCCCAGGCUUGUCUCAGUUCUCCCAUCUUCUCCCGCAUCCGUUGAACGGCAUCUCGUCACAACUGGCCGGCGGCCGGAUGUCCCGCUCGGAUUCUCCCAUCUCAGCGUGUUCCCCACCAGCGUCCAGCAGCAACAUUCCAUCGCCCAGGUCACACCAUCCCGAUCAACAGGACGAUCGACACUCGGCGGCUGCAGCGGCGGCGGCGGCUCUUCUACACCGAAACCGAUCGCCAGCGGCUACUCCGAUCGAGGAAGCCCGCAAGAGUCAACAGACGCCGGAUUCCUUGUCGUGACCGCCAACGCCUACUACUUCGGUAGAGUCCACAGGGAACUGGUGAAUUCGACGGUAAUCUAAACUAGGUUUAAUUGAAGCGCAGUGCGCAAAGCAAUGUUAUCUCUCUACACAUAGCUCUUCGCGAGCAAUGAAGCAAUUUGAGAAUAAAAUAAAAAAAUGUGGAAAAACCCAACCGGACGAUAGAAAUUAAUUCAAUUUAAAGAGGCGAUUGAUGGGCCAUCCCACACCCUUCUCUCCUUCUUCUUAAAAAAAGAAAACGUGAUCUCGUUUGACUCUCUUUUUUAUUAUUUUGUAAUUAAACUUAUCGCUUAAAUUAGGUUCUGUUUAUCUGGACUAGCUUCAGAAGCCGGGGCAGCUGAAGGUGACCCAUCAAAACAGCUGCAGCUGGAGUGAAUUAGAGACAUAAAUCACACUUUACUUAAGUGCCCAGUGAUAUGUAACUUUAAUUAAUUACUUUCGACGCUACACUGAACUUUUGAUACGACAACGCAUCGGAAUUCUCUCCGUUGGAGCGUUGAGGGAGAAGCGGGACAAAAUCUGAUUUCGAAUUUACUUUGACUACGAUUAAGCAUUAUGAAAUAGAAAUUUUUAGUGGAAAAAACAGAGAGCAAAAUCUAGCAUUGAAACGCAAAAAAGUAGCUUUUGUAAGGUCGUAAGUGUAAGCUUCUCCAGUUCCUAAACAAGAAAAUCUCUGCUAUCCUAAUUGUGUAAUUUAUUCCCAAAAAACAAGCAACAAACUGAUCAACGAAAGAAAUGAUAUUCAUUUUAUAUAUGUUUCACAAAUAAGUACCUAUUUUUUUAAACGGAAUGUUUAUUUCAUCAAAACUAUCACCAACACCAAAUUCUUCCACGAACUAAAUCUAGUAUUUAAGUGUGCAAGAGGUCAAACACAUCCUAGCGAGCAAAGAAAACAAAGAAAUCUAUCGGAAUACGAAGAAACUCUCUAGUUUAAGCAUUCAAUACAAGCGUAAGUGGAGCAAAUCUUUUCAUUUUUGUACCUUAACAUAUAUUUUAAUGCGUCGUUUAUCUCCCGCGGAAGGCGAACCACUUACAGGAUAAAUGCAAGAAAAAGGAAUCAAUAAUAAAAUGUGCAAUAUUUUCGUCCUCUUUUGUGCUCUAGAUAAAUGAUAGUCUGUUAGGGUAAUUGUAAUGAUAUGCGUAGAUACAAUACUUUCACAAUUUUAGUGGCUAAGACAGCAAAAAUACAAAAAAUGGUAGUGUUAAUCAAACUAAAAAAACAAUGGAAAAGCAUGAAAAAUAUGAUAAACAAGAUUUUACUCUCUAGGGAAAAAAUUCGAUCAAAAAAACAAAACACGAAGCCCCCAAACAAUGUAAAUAGUCUAUAAAUAUUGAACCAUUAUGGCUUAGAUAAUUAUAACAAUUGAUAUUAAAGGCUAAGCAACGGCUUCAUUCUAAAUGAAGCUUUACAUCACAAAAACACUCAACUCAAAACAAGUUACACAGUAAUGUAAAAAAUAGGCAAAACCGUAAAACUUAUCCAUACAAAAAAAAACUGCAAGUUAAAA